AUGAAGCUUCUUCCCGACAGACCUAGAAUAUGUCAUCUAAUACCAGCACUACUACUUGGAACGCAGGUCGUCCAAGGCAUUGAAGUCAAUCUCGAUGAUCCCCACUCUAUCAAAAACGCAGCCAAAGUCGUCGCCUCCGAAUUGAUGUCCUACUACACUGGCUACCGACCUGGUGACAACCCCGGCAAUCUUCCAGACCCGUACUUCUGGUGGGAAGCCGGCGCCAUGUUCGGUGCGAUGAUAGAUUACUGGGCAUUCACCGGCGACAGCACAUGGAACAACAUGACUAUACAAGCUCUCCUCUGGCAAGCCGGUCCCACCGGAAACUUCAUGCCAUCGAACCAAACCAUGACCGAGGGCAACGACGACCAAGCAUUCUGGGGCAUGGCCGCCAUGUCCGCCGCAGAGAGAAACUUUCCCAACCCACCAGCCGACAAGCCACAAUGGCUAGCGAUGGCGCAGGGGGUCUUCAACUCGCAGGCCGCACGCUGGGACACAAGCACAUGCAGCGGGGGCCUCCGGUGGCAGAUUUUCACUUGGAAUAAUGGGUUUAAUUACAAAAACACAAUUUCGAAUGGCGGAUUCUUCAAUAUUGCGUCGAGGCUGGCAAAGUAUACGAGAAAUCAGACGUAUGCUGAUUGGGCUGAGAAGAGUUGGCAGUGGACGAGAGAUGUCGGGUUCAUGACGCCUGAUUAUCGCUUCUGGGACGGUGCGGAUGAUAAUACGAAUUGUUCGAAUUUUAAUCAGAUUCAGUGGACGUAUAACUCGGGAAUUUAUUUGUUGGGGGCGGCGAAUAUGUACAACUUUACAAAUGGCAGUGAUAUUUGGAAAGAACGUACCCUGCAAAUCCUCAACGCAACAAGUGUUUUCUUCUCCGAAAACGUCAUGUAUGAACGUGCCUGUGAGUCCGUGGGAACCUGCCAGGUAGAUCAAAAGUCCUUCAAGGCAUACUUUGCGCGGUGGAUGACGGCGACCACACAAAUGGCACCGUUCACCUACGACCUCAUCAUGCCGAAGAUCCGCGCGUCGGCGCUUGCAGCAGCAAAGACGUGUACUGGCGGUCCCAACGGGACGAGCUGUGGGAUGAAAUGGACGGAGCAGAACUAUGACGGGAGUACGGGUGUUGGCGAGCAGAUGAGUGCGUUGGAAGUGUUGCAGAGUAAUCUGAUUCAGGAGGUUUUGCCGCCUUUUACGAAUUCUACGGGAGGUACGAGUAAGGGAGAUCCGUCGGCAGGAUCUGGGGGUGAUAAUUUGUCGAAUAAAGUACCUGUUCUCAAGGAAAUUACGACCAUGGAUAGAGCUGGGGCAGGAAUUUUGACGACUGUGUUUUUGUCGGGGAUAUUGGGCUGCGCGGGAUGGAUGGUGAUUGAUAAGUAA